UCCCCGCGCUCCGGGCCACUGCCCAGUCCCUGGCCGCGCGCCCAAGCCUCCAGCCUCCGCCCCAGACCGGAGCGCCGCGCCCCAGGCGACCUCGGGGCUCUUAGUGCGCCCUCAGCCUCUCGGUGGCGCCCUCUGCGUUUACGUUUUUCGUGUUUGGGGGUGGAAGAAAGGACACCUGGAAGAAGGCCCUGGUGUCGCUUCUCCACCAGGGAUUUCCUGCGGGACGCCUCGGGAUACGACACCGAGCCACUCACGCCCCCCACGCUGCCUGCCACCCUCGGGCCCGUAGCAGUCUUGGGGGUCCCCAGGGUCACACAGUGCCAGACGCACGUAGUCACUGUUGUCUCCUUAAUAGAAACUGAGACCAAGCGGGCGCAGCUCGGCCGCAAAUAGCGAUGGGAAAAGCACCGAUGUGUGCUGAAUCGUAUUCACGGAUUUCCCUGCUUUGCUCCACACGCACGGGAAUAGCACAAUGGCCGCGCGCCCGCCUGGGUCCCCACUGCCCGAAGUCCCCGCCCCUCCGGAUGUUGACGGCGUCUCCUGGCAACGGGAGAUGGCGCAGCAAGGCGACCCCGCUGGAGGGCCUCCCCAGGAAGGCAGAGCGACUUUGGAAGGAGCAGAGGGGCCCAGCGAUGAAGACCGUGCGGUGUCACCACUGGAGCACAGUGAGCGGAAGAGUGAAGAGGCCGUGGAUGCCUCAGGCCCUUCUGCAAGAGAAAUAGUGGGAGUAGAAGCAGAAGCAGCCCAGGAUGGGGCCAUUUUGGCUCCAGGGGAGGCUGCUGGUGAAGGGGACCCUGAAUCCACCCAGAAGGAGGAAACCGAAGAAUUUGGAUCUGAGACAGACACUGUAUCUCUUGAAGAUCAAACAAGUUCAGAGCUCCUGCUUUCAGAUGGUAGCCCUCAGGAAGUGCCAGGGGGUGACUCUGGCUCUGUGUCUCAGUACCAAGCUGGUGAUGAUUUCUCCCAAGAGGCCAGGCCACUGGAACCAAAAGUCUCUGGAGAACCACUGCAGUCCCUAGAUCCAGAUGCUUCAGGAUCAACAGCAGACCCCUUGUUGUUCUUGCCACAGAGAUCCCAGAGAAACUCACUGGAGAAAGCCUUUCCCGUGGACUUACAGCAAGGCUUCAGACUGGACCGAGGGAGCAGCAUGGCGCCCUCAGAUGAGGAAGAGCUCUCCCUGAGCCCACAGGAACCCUUUGAGCAAGAGGACUCUGAAGCCCACUCUCGGGAGGCAGUGUUGCUGGACCAGGCCCAAGAGUUAAGCCCUGAAGAAGGGACUUCGGUGGAGAGACUGGAGUCCGAGAGUGACGAGGCGGAGGAUGAGGGAUCCCAGCUGGUGGUUUUGGACCCAGACCACCCCCUGAUGGUCAGAUUCCAGGCGGCCCUGAAGAGCUUCCUGAACCGCCAGAUAGACAAGCUGAAGCUGGAGCUUCAGGAGUUGGAGGUGGCCAACAAGCAACGCCGAGCCCAGCGUCAGGAGCUGGGUGUGAAUCUCUAUGGGGUCCAGCAGCACCUGGCUCGCCUGCAGAUGCAGCUAGGGAAGAGCCAGGACCAGCACUCCAUCGUCGCCAGCGAGAGGCGACAGAAGGAAGAGGAGCUGCAGGAGGUGCGCGCGCUCUACAACAAGACCUGGACAGCCGCCAACGAGGAGCAGAAGAAACUGGUGGCCCUGCAGACAGAGAUGGAGAACCUGGCCCUGCACCUCUUCUACAUGCAGAACAUUGACCAGGACCUGCGUGAUGACAUCUGCGUGAUAAAGCAGGUGGUGAAGAAAGCUGAGAUGGAGAAGAUGCGGGCAGAGGUGGAGAAGAAGAAGCAGGACCUGUUCGUGGACCAGCUCACCACACGGGCCAACCAGAUGGAAGACAACAUCUCUUUAUUGGAGGCUCAGUACAUUGCCCAGGCUGAGGAUACCCAGCUUCUAAGGAAAGUGGUGAGCGAGGCCUCCACAGAAAUUGACACCAUCAACUUGGAGAAGAAGCGCAUCCUGCAGCAGUGGGCCACCAGCCUGGCAGGCAUGAAGUACCGUGACGAGGCGCACGGGGCCAUCCUGGAGGCGCUCAGGGAAUGUGAGCACCAAGCCAAGUCCAUCGAUGGUGAGAUAGAGGCCUAUAAGAAGUCCAUCCUAAAGGAGGAAGAGAAGAACGAGAAGCUGGCCAGCAUCCUGAACCGGACCGAGACAGAAGCCAGCCUAAUGCAGAAACUGACCACACAGUGCCUGGCCAAGCGGGAGGCCUUGCAGGAGGAGUUCAACACCUAUCAGCUCACCUUGCAGAACACGGAAGACAACCUGAACAAGGGGCUCCACGAGCACGCAAUGGUCACGAGUGAAUUGCAGAUGGUCCGCCAGGCUGUCCACUCUGAGCAGGACCUGCGGCACAAGCUGGAAGCCUCCACCAUUAGCAAGCUGCAGGAGCACACAACCUCCAACAAGAUGACCAAGUACUUCCACAAGCUCCUCCUGAAGCUCCAGAAGGAGAAGACCAACAUGGUGACACAUCUUUCCAAAAUUGAUGGGGACAUUGCGCAGACCACCCUGGACAUUACCAACAUCAGCUGCAGGCUGGACAUGCAUCAGAAGACCCUGGCAGAGCUGGACCAGGAGGUGAAGAAAGUCAACGACCUCAUCACCAACAGUGAGAACGAGAUCUCGCGACGCACCAUCCUGAUCGAGAGGAAGCAGGGCCUCAUCAACUUCCUCAACAAGCAGCUGGAGCAAAUGGUCUCUGAGCUGGGGGGAGAAGAAGUAGGACCCCUGGAGCUAGAGAUCAAAAGGCUGACCAAGGUGACCGAGGAGCACAGCGCCAAGGUGACUCAGGCCCAAGUGACCUGGCUCCGCCUACAGCAGGAGCUGGUCAAGGUCACGCAGGACCGUGAGGAGCAGCUGGUGUCCCUGGACGAGCUCAAGAAGGAGGUCCACGUCUUGGAGCAGAAGAAGCUCCGCAUGGAGAGGAAGAUAGAGCAGGAGAGGAGAGAGCAGAAGGAGAUUGACCAGCACAUGAAGGACCUGGACCACGACCUGAAGAAGCUCAAUGUGCUGCUGAGCAAAAACCGGUGCAGCUCGGAGGAGCUGCAGCACAGCAACAUGGUGACUGAAACAGAGUUCGUUCGUGAGCUCAAGGCUGCAGAGAGGGAGACCAUUGAGAUGCAGGAUAAGCUGAACCAGCUCUGCGAAGAGAAGGCCACCCUCCUGAACGGCCUGGUGGAGGCAGAACACCAGAUCAUGCUUUGGGAGAAAAAAAUCCAGCUGGCAAAAGAGAUGCGUGCCUCGGUGGAUUCCGAUGCCAGCCAGAUGGAAAUCCACGCCAUGAAGGCGGAAAUCCACAGGAUGAAGGUCAAGCACGGGCAGCUGCUGAAGCAGCAGGAGAAGAUGAUCCGGGACAUGGAGAUGGUGGUGGCCCACAGAGAGACCAUCAUAACCCAGGCUGAAGGGCAGAGCAAGAUAAGUAAGAAGGUGCUCACCCGGACUGACUUCCACCACCAGCAGAUGGAGCUGCAGCGGAAAAUCAAGGAAACCCACAAGGCCACUGAGCAGUGCAACAACACCAUCUCGGACCUGGAAGAGGCUCAAAAACUGCUGAACAGCUCCCUCUUGGAAAAACAGGAAAAGCUGUCCGGGUUGCAGGUGGACACUGACAAGCUGGAAGCCGACAUCAGGCGGCUCACAGCCCUCAAGCGACAGAACCUUUCAGAGAUCGUGGCCCUACAGACGCGCCUCAAGCACCUGCAGGCUGUGAUGGACGGGAAGUACACGUUCCUGUUCCGCUCCCAGAAGUCCAUGAUGCUGGAGCACAAGCGCCUGGAGGGCCGGCUGGCUCUGCUGAGCACAAUCUUGGCCCACAUACAAGAGGAGCACCCCGAGUUUCAGGAGGCCCUGCAUCCCAUCAGCUUGAAGAUCACCAGCAAGCUGGAGUCCCUGGGGCCGUCCUAGAAAACACCCAAAUCCUCCCCAACCCCGCCACUUUCAGGACCCGACCCUGAAGAAGGCCACCAGAAUUCCAAGAGGUCUCAGGGACUUGGGGUCUGUGUGCCCUUGGAAGGACACCACUUAUGGGAAAUCAACAGGCUGGCCCCGAGGAAUUAUUUCUCAGCCACUCAGUUUAAACCAAGUAGAGCCUGCCUGUCACCUUUCCAUCCGUAGAUCCGAACCUUCACACUUCCGCUGGGGUGGGGGGACAGACUGAGGACUUCUGCAAGUAAAAUGCAGUGGGUGGUGCCUCCCCUGUGCCUCUUGUGGGCACAGGAGGCUGCUUGAUUCGCAGCACUCUCCUAAGGACACCACUGAGGGCCCCAGCCAACUGUCAGGCACCCCAUGUCCUCUCCCCCGCCCCCACUUGCCCAGAAUGCAAGACCUCAGGGCUCCCCAGGAAGCUGAGGACUGUGCCUGUGCUGUACGCUGCUCCUGGAGGUUGUGACCCGCCUUCAGCAAGCUGGGGCCUUUCCCCGCCUGCCAGCCUCUCUCUCCUCCCACACGCUGGCUUCUUCCGGAGGCAGUUACCCCACGGCUUCUCCCAAGCUGAAAGAUGAAAUGUUUCACGAAAGAACUUCAGUGUCAAACUCUGGAGCAGAAUAAAUGCCUCUUCCUGAA